AUGUCAAAAUCUCUCUCAGUGAUUUCAACACUCGUCGAUAGUGCUAUUGAUCUUCUAUUUAAUAUUAUUCUGAUUUGGACAGCCCGCAAAAUCAAACAACGCGAUGCCUACAAAUAUCCUACAGGACGAACACGCCUUGAACCGGUCACUAUUGUUAUUCUAUCUGUAGUCAUGUGCUCCGCUAGCAUAGAAGCUAUUCUUUUUAUAUUGUGUCAUCGGAUCAACAAUCCAACGAUGCAGGCUCUCGCUGAAGACAAUCGAAAUGACGUGGCUUCGAAUUCUGUAGCACUGGUGUGUGGAAUUAUCGGUUCAAGUGCUCUGCACCAAAAGAUCAGACAAGAAGCUAUCGUUGUCGAUCCAAUUGGGGCCAUCAUUAUUUCCAUUUACAUCAUAGUCGUUUGGAUUCGGCAAGGCCACAGACAAGUUCGCCGUCUAACAGGUCUGACGGCUGAUCCACUCUUUCUGCAACAAAUUACACAUGUCGUCUACAAUUUUCGCCCUAAUCUAGUGACAAAAAUCAAAACUGUUCGAGCUGUUCAUCAUGGUACAAAAUUUUUCGUCGAAGUUGAGAUUGUUAUGUCAGGUUCAAUGCCUCUGGCGAUUGCACAUGAUAUUGGAGAAGAGCUACAAAAUCAACUUCAUAAAGUACCCGACGUUGAACGAGCAUUUGUCCAUGUCGGUUUUGAAGCUACGCGCGUGCCAGCAUCUGAAGACACAAUCGUUUGA